AAAAAUACCAUUCAUUGAGUGCGGAGGCUUGAAAGUAUAUGACUAAAAAGAGAUGCUGAAGUAUAUUCCAUUACUUUUAGUAGCCCAGCUCCUAAUAGUGGAUGCCAAGCCCACUAAUCCACAACUCUUAAAUUCCGAUGAUCCAGUGCAAAGGGAGUUGGAAAGGCAGGCCAAGGAGGAGACAGUCCACCUGCUGAAUUCGCUGUUCCGAUCUCAAAUCUCAUAUUUCUCCGAGGUGAAGACCGCUCUCAAUCCGCAGACCAAGCGAUUCCAAGACAUCACUCUUUAUAUAACACGCCUAAGCCAAGCUAUUGCUGAGGUGGAGCUGGACAGAAAGGAUCAGCUGUGGCAGAACAUUUUCGAAGAGUUCAAGGACUCUCCACUACUGAUAAACAGGGAAUCCGAGACAGGCCUCACCGACUUGCAAUAUAAGGCUCUCUUGACCGGCCAGAAGCUGCAGGAUAUAUCCACCAAGUUCGUGAGCGAAGUGGCCGAUUACUUCUGGAAAAUGGCAAAGAUGAGUGGCAAAGUCAUUGGCAAUGGGAUAGCGAGCCAGAACGAAUAGUAACGCUCAAUAAACCAUUGAUUAAUUGAUCGAACGGUA